AUUAUUGUCGUUUUCAGGCUAAAUCAUGGCCCCUAGGAAAAACAAAGUUGCGAAAGAGGAGGUGCAGGUGACGCUCGGUCCCCAGCACUUGGUAGGCGAGACCGUGUUCGGAGUUGCUCACAUUUUCGCCUCUUUCAAUGACACAUUCGUCCACGUUACGGACUUGUCUGGCCGGGAAACCAUCGCUCGUGUUACCGGUGGAAUGAAGGUGAAGGCUGAUCGUGACGAAGCUUCUCCCUACGCCGCUAUGUUGGCUGCUCAGGAUGUCGCCGAAAAGUGCAAAACCCUCGGCAUUACAGCGCUACACAUUAAACUGCGUGCAACUGGUGGCAACAAGACAAAAACCCCUGGACCUGGUGCCCAGUCUGCACUCAGAGCCCUGGCUCGUUCCGGUAUGAAGAUUGGGCGCAUUGAGGAUGUGACCCCGGUGCCCUCAGAUUCCACUCGUAGGAAGGGUGGUAGGAGAGGACGCAGGCUGUAAACAGUUAGUUAUAAGAUACUGUAAACUUCCAAUAAAAUGUUUGCAGUA